AUGGCGGUGCUGGACAAUCCCGCCACAGGCGACGACGACCCUGAUGAGCGGCCUGCCUUAACAGGCUUGGACUUCUUGCUUAUCGCAGAUUCCGACUCAGACCACGGCGCGCACGACCCGUCUCAAGCAGGCGACCUUGACCUUCGGCAAACCUGCGUCGUCAGCGAGCUGCUGUCCCCCUUCAUCGCGCGCCAUGGGCCUGGAGGAAACCGGGAGGUGAAGGUUGAAGGGAUUGAUUCGGACGGCCGACCAGCACGCUUCAAAUUCGUGCUGCACGAGGACGAGCUGGAGGAGUUUGAAGGGCCCGGCACCCACGAUGGCUGUGUGGAGGUUUGCACAGAGUUCGCCGAGGUGAUCGUGCACCAACUGGAGCACCGGCUUGGCGACCUGAACGGGAUGUCCGGCGCUAGGCUCUUCACCCCCGACGAGUACCCGUUGGAGCGUGGAGAGAGGAACCGCAGGUGCCUCGAGUGGCUUCAGUCGCUUGUCACGCUGUUCAAGGCCGACCGGACGGAUGAGAUCCUGCCAGUCUGGAGGAGUUACAAGAAGCGCAAGCCCCAGAGCAACGCUCCACUCCCGCCUGCAGGAAAGCAACACAACAAGAAGGGCAGGGAGGCAGAUGAAGAGAUGGAUGUAGUUGACCUAGAAGAUGAGCAGGAUGCAGUUGACUCCGAUGAUGAUGAUGGAUUUAAUGAGUAG